AUGUUAAAAAGUUAGGAAAUUCAAAAUUAGUUAAGUGAAAACAUCAUUAAAGAAGAAAUAGAUGAAAAGGAAUUAUUGAAAAGCAGACAAUUUUCCACCUACAAAAAGUCUAACUGUUAAGAGCCAUCUGGGAUUAAGAAAUACAAAUCACAAAUUAUUGAUUCAGAUGAAGAAGACGAUAAGAAAGAUCCUGAUAAUAAUGAUGAAGAAGUAGAAUUUAAGGUGUGGACCAGUUUAAAGAAGUCUACUAUUUUACCCUAACGUGUAUAAAUUUCAUAAAAGAGUGUUGAAAAAGAUGUAGAUGCCAACAAUUUAAAACCAUUAGAUUUCGAGGAGGUUUUAAGAUAAAGUUAGAUAACCUUCAGUUAACAUAGAUAGAACUUUACAAAUGAUGAAUCAGAUGCUAGGCCUUAAUUUAAAAGUGUGAGAAUUACUCAAAUAGAUUCAGAUGAUGAUGAUGAAGAACUAGUCGAUAAAGUAGCUUUAAAUAUUGAAGCCCAUCCAGAUUUGGAUACAGAAAUAACGGCUGAUAAUAAAGUAAUGAUGAGCGUCAUACAGAGUAAGUUAUCUUAAUCAAUUUAAUAACAAUUCAAAUAGCAAUAAUCUUUAAAUUAAUAAUAGAACAUUGACGAACAGGAAGAGAUCUUUAAGUCUAAGAUUGUUUUCAUCAAUAAAACACCAGUGAUAAUAAGAGAAGAUGAUCUAUACAUUCGUAAAGUCAGAAGAAUACAAAAUUAUUUUAGAUUUGUCAAGCCUUUUAAAAAACUUAAAAAAUAGCAUCGCUACAGAGUAAAUAUAAUAAAUGAGUUAAUAUACACAGAAAAAAAUUAUGUAAACGAUCUUAACUCUAUCAGAGAGCAAAUAUAAAAGCCUCUCUUCUAAUUGAUUGAUUCUUAAUAUGACUUGAAAAUUAUGUUUAAUCUGGAUAGUAUUUGUGAAUUUAACUAAGAAUUUUUGAAAGUUCUUUUAUCUAAAACUCAGAAUUUUAAAGAAAAACCUUAUGCCAAGAUUAUGGAUGAAAUUGUUGUCUUGUUGCCAGGUUUUAGGUUUUAUUUCGAUUACUGUAAAGAAUAUUAAGCUACUCGAAAAAUACGAGAUCACUACUCAAACACAAAUUAGGUUUAUCAAAAGUUUUUUAAUGAUUUGCUAGAGAGACAACCAAAUUUCUUCAACAACUUAGAUUUGGAAAGCUAUCUUAUUAAACCUGUUUAGAGGUUACCUAAAUAUAUUUUAUUAUUCAAAGAUUUAUUAAAGCAUACUAAUAAAGAACAUCCAGAUCAUACCAAUAUUGAAUAAUGUUUGAAGCUCUUCUAAUAAAUCAAUGAUAAAAAUAAUCAUUAAAUCAAAACUUAUUUAGAAUAAUUAAAAUUGGUGGAACUUUAAAAUUACUUUGGAUAGCACAUAAUACUUGUUGAACCUGGCAGAGUAUUUUGCUUUGAAGACUUUUGCUCCACUUAUACAGAUAAACUACAUAAUAAUAUAAUUUUAUAUGCAUUUAAUAAUCUGUUGUUGUUUGCCUAAAAUAAGUAAAAUGGAUAAUAGGGGUAUUUUUCUCAUCUCCACUUAACAUAUCAAUCAUAUGUGAAAGAUAAAGAAAAUACAGAUUAUUUUGAGCAUUUUUUUGAAGUAGUUAAUAAGACUGAAUCUAUCAUCAUGAUUAAUCAAGAUAACGAAUCGAAAAUGGCAUUAAUGUCGAAGAUAUAAGAAAUAAUCCAGUAACUUAAAGAAAAAUAAACCAAUAUGCUAAAUGUAAAAAAACAAGCAAGUUUUAUAUCUGAACCUAAUAAUAAUACUCAAAAAGACUAAAAGUGUGAUUAUGAAAUAAAAGUGAUUGUUAUUGGAACUGAAAUAAGAAACUCAAAAUUUAAUCCUUAUACAGUAUAUGUAGCCAAUAUUUUCAUUUAAGAAUAUUAAACAAAGGUAUUUGUAAGAUACAGCCAAAUAGUUUCCUUAUAAACGAUUGUCAAUAAGUACGAUUCAGGUUUAAAAGUGCCAGUGUUGUAAACAUUGAAUUGGUUUCUUUCAAAUGAUGAAAAGGUAAUAGAUGAGAGAAAACUAUUAAUUGAAAAAUUCAUAUCCUCAGUGUUGAAUUCUUAAAAAUGUCAAAACACUAUCGAAUAUUAAAAAUAGGUUUUGGAACUGCUCAAUCUAAACCCAGAUUUCUUUUAAAUUCCUUUAGAACAGAAUCCGAAUUCUAACAAUAAAUUAGGAGAUGAUGACAUGAGGAAAAUGGUCUUGUAGAGUUAAUUUUCUUUUGGCAUUAAACCUAACUUACUUUAAUCAAUGAUUAUGAAAGGAAAGUCUACAAACAUCAUGUAAGCAGCUAAAGCCUCUAUCUAGAGAUUGAACAUUACGGCUAUUGAACAAGGUAAUUAAAUAGUGAUUGGAUAAGAGGCAUCUAAAUAACCAUACUGUAUAGAGGUAAGUCUCAUGGAUGAUAGAAAAAUAAUGGUGGGAUUCAAAAAGCAAACCUUAACUUUAUUUAUUAAAAAUGAAGUUGCUAAAUUUGUAGGAUUAAAAUAGUGGCUUGAUUUUAGAUUAUUCAUUGUAGAUUAGAAUAAAGAUCAACGAGUUAUUGAUGAUGAUGAAACAAUGUCAUCUAUAUUGGAUGCUCACAUAAAUGAAAACACAGGUUUGAUAAAUGCUUUCAAGAAGUUAUUAACGGUUUAACAGAAAUUCUAAUUUGUAUUCAGAAAAUACUUCUACUUGCAAUGGAAAUAAGAAGAAGCCGAUUACAGUUAGGAUCAAUAACGACUUUUAUAUCUAAUAAAUGAUAUACUUUGGGAAAUAAGAAAUGAAAAUUUUCAAUACAAUUUCAAUCAAUUUUGUUUGAUAGUUGCAUUAUUCUUCUAUUCAACUGGCACCUCUCAAGAUUAGCUUUCUUAGCUUAUGUAUAAAAUAAUCCCUAAGAACAGUUUAAAAAAGAAAAAAGAUGAAGUUUGGCUGAAAGAAAUUGUUUAUAAUAUAAAUGCUUUAUAAUAAGAGCUAAAAAAUUUAUAAAAAGACAAAUUAUAAUAAAAGAAUCAAAAAUGUCUUAACAAUUCUAUAUCUGGAUAAGCUUAGUUAAUGCUGAUGAAUUACUUGAAAACUCACUCCCUUUUUGGAAUGUAAUAAUUUUUGGUUGAAUGCAACAAAUAAACCAUUUAACUUAUCUAAAAGAAUUUUAAUAUUAAAAUUAGUAGCCAUAUGUUUAUUGGAUUAAAUUAUUCUGGAUAUCAUAUUUUGAACCCUGAAACAAAGGCAAUACUUUAUAAGUGUCAAUAUCAAAAAAUGACUGAAAUGAAAGCUUGCACAACAGAAUUUUCAUGUAUCAUUGACUCCACAAAAUUAUCUUUUAAGACUUAACUUUCUUUUGAAAUAAAAUCAUUGAUUCUUGAGUUUAAGUAAUUAUAGGAAUUUACUAACCAAAUUGCUUGUGGUGGUGCACAUUGA